AUGACUUCUUUCUUAAUCUGGAUGAACAACAAACUUUCUGCCUUAAACUUCAACAUCUUUAAGGCAAAUACUUCAUAUUCUCCAGAUCCAUCAGCCUUUGCAUAUGGUUUUAUGUCACCCGUUCAGCAAGAAAAAAUGAAAACCGCAACUUCUUUCCGUUUGGAUGCUACUCAUGCAAUCUCUAGCAACGUGAAUGAGAUUCUUUAUACCCUUUUGGUGCGUGAUGAAGAUAUUGGUAGAGGAUGGCCUGUUGCCUUUAUGGUAACCAAUGAUCGAGGUCUGCAGUUCUUGAAGAGAUCCUCUUUGCUUGUUGACCCAAAGCAAUUUAUUAUUGAUUGUUGUGCAGCAGAAGUUCACGCCAUUCAGACAACUUUCCCUGCAACAUCCAUUCAAUUUUGCAUCUUUCAUGUAACCCAAGCAUGGAACCGAAAGUUAUCUGACAGUGUGAAGAUUCCUGGAUCCUUACUAUCAGAGGCAUGA